CUUCUUUUCUCUUAAUUUUUGUACCCCUGAUUAGGAAAUUUUGUGUAAUUUGUAGAAAUAACCAAGUGUAUACAAAGGAACUAUUUGCUGUUGGUAGCUGAGGCAACUUCCUGAGGUGCACUCCAGCUGUUUACACACAUGUGAAAAACACGUUGAUUUGAGGGUAGUCUUGUUUGCGGGUAAUAUUUUGUCUCGAAAAUGCCGCGUAGGGUGUUGUUUUUUCGGUGUCGGCAAACGAGACAAGUAACAUUGAAUAUUUCCGACUGCGUUAUUCGGCAUCAAUUCCGGAAUAAAAAAGUCUUACUUUAAGUUUUUAAAGCUUAUGACGAAUAAGUGUGUUUCCUGUUUGAAUUUUAAGCCUCUUGACUUUUCGCGAUCCUGAUGAACACCAAUAAAACCAAGUAUUCGUCUUUAAAGAAAUGCUAUUUCCGAGUGCAGUUAGAAUUUGAAAAUGGUGGGAGGGUAGACAUUGGGCAAACCAUGUUCAACUAUGUUGUUUACCAUGCUGUUAAAAAUCUGUUCGGAGAGAUAGGAGAAAGUUGUGUGGACAUCAUUCAAUAUGAUCCUCUAUUUUCGCAGGCCAUCUUGGUGACAAAUGAGAGAUUUAGAGUGCAGCUGCACAGUGCUCUGACUCUUUGUGGUUGCUAUGACAACAAGAGGUGUGCCUUCAGAAUUUUACAGAUAUCCUCCAGUCUUAUAAAUCUAGCCAGUGAUAGCAGACAGAUGUGUGUUCCAAUAAGAUCAAAUAUAUGACAUCUGUGCAACACUGCAUAAUUAUAUGAAUAAUAUUAUCCUUAACAUCACUGGAAAAGAUGCAGAAAUUUCACAUAUCAUUUUGAUCCCCAAGUGCAUUGUAUGACCUAAAAGAUUUAAGUGGGCUUAACAACAGUUUGCAGAGGGUUGCAAAAUCUUAGGUAACUUUGAACUGAAAUGCUUGCAAAAGACUUGAGUUCAAGUAAGCUGAGAGAUGUUUGUACAUAUGUAAAAUACAAAAUGUAUGAUCACUUUUGUAUUGCCUCAGCAUUCUACAGAUGGAUUACGGGAAUUCGACUUUGUUUGAUAUAGAUAUACAUAUGUAUAUAUUUAAUAAAAUAUGUGUAAUAAA